AUGGCUUUAAGCGAUGCUGACGUCCAGAAACAGAUCAAACAUAUGAUGGCCUUCAUUGAUCAGGAGGCCAAUGAAAAAGCAGAAGAAAUUGAUGUCAAGGCUGAGGAAGAAUUUAACAUUGAGAAGGGACGUUUGGUUCAACAACAAAGAGUGAAAAUCCUGGAAUAUUAUGAACGGAAAGAAAAACAAGUAGAGCUACAAAAAAAAAUCCAAAGUUCUAAUCUUUUAAAUCAAGCCAGACUCAAAGUAUUGAAGAGCCGUGAAGAUCAUGUCAGGGAUGUUUUGGAAGAAGCCAGGAGACGUCUUGGACAAAUUGCUCAUGACAGAGCACGAUACAGGCAGGUCUUGGAAGGCCUUAUUUCCCAGGCCUUCACUCAACUACUCGAGCCCUAUGUGAUUAUCAGGUGCCGAGAGCAAGACCAUAGCAUCAUCAAAGAAGUCUUACCUCAGUGCCAAGAGAAUUACAAAAGGGCUACCAAGAAAGACAUCAAAGUCUCUCUCAACACAGAGAAUUUCUUGCCAAGUUCUGUAUCGGGAGGUGUGGAAGUGUAUGCCCAGCAAGGUAAAAUUAAGGUGACCAAUACAUUGGACAAACGAUUGGACCUCAUCAGCCAACAGAUGUUACCUGAACUGAGAGAGGUUCUCUUUGGCAGAAAUCCAAAUCGUCGCUUCCUGAACUAA